CUAUGUAUAAUUAAAUUAAGCAACACUCAAGUUCACUCUUCCACAACACUCCCUUAACAUACAACCAUGGCAAAAGAAGAACCAAAACCAAUUAGAUUUGGAAUUCUAGGUUGUGCAGAGAUAGCUAGGAAAGUUUCAAGAGCCAUAACCCUCUCACCAAAUGCAACUCUCUAUGCAAUUGGAAGCCGUUCUUAUGAAAAAGCAAAAACAUUUGCAGCUUCCAAUAAUUUCCCUUCACAUGCCAAAAUAUACGGCUCAUACGACGCUGUUUUGGACGAUCCCAACGUCGAUGCAGUCUACGUGCCACUACCGACUAGUUUGCAUCUUCGAUGGGCGGUACUUGCUGCUCAAAAGAAGAAACAUUUGUUGCUUGAGAAACCAGUUGCUCUUAAUGUUGGUGAACUUGAUAAGAUUUUGGAAGCUUGUGAAGCUAAUGGUUUGCAAUAUAUGGAUGCUACUAUGUGGAUGCAUCAUCCUAGAACUGAGAAAAUGUUUCAGUUUCUAUCAGAUCCUAAUCAAUUUGGUUCUCUCCAAUCGGUACAUGCAACAUUUUCAUACCGAGGGAGCCCUCAUUUUCUCGAAAAUGACAUUCGUGUAAAACCAGAUCUCGACGCACUAGGAACACUUGGCGACACCGGUUGGUAUUGCAUUAGAGCAAUUUUAUGGGCUGCAAAUUAUGAAUUACCCAAAACAGCAAAAGCAUUACACAAACCAAAAUACAACAAAGCAGGGGUAAUAUUGUCAUGUGAAGCUUCUCUGUUAUGGGAAGAUAACAGAGUUGCAACUUUCUUUUGUUCCUUUUUAUCAGACAUGUCUAUGGAUAUUACAGCAAUAGGGACAAAAGGGUCAUUGCGUGUACAUGAUUAUGUUAUACCUAAUGAAGAGAAUGAGGCUUUGUUUAGAACAAGUUCAAAUUCUGAUUUUGAUGAACUUUCUAUUGGUUGGAGUCCUAAACCAAGUGAGUUUAUAAUUAAAAGUGAUAUUCCACAAGAAGCACUUAUGGUUAAGGAAUUUGCAAAUUUAGUUGGAGGGAUUAAGUUUGGUGAUUCUAAAGCUGAGAAUAAGUGGGGGAUUAUUAGUAGGAAAAGUCAAGUGGUUAUUGAUGCUGUUAAAGCUUCAAUUGAUAAUGAUCUUGAACCUGUUCUUAUUCAGUAUUAGGCUAUGAAUUGUAGACACUUUUCGGAUUAGGUGUCUCAGAUGUCCCACACCAACACAUAUGAUUUUAUUGAAUAAUGUAAUUUUCUCAGGUUAUUGUCGUUAUCCAUGUGUCACGUGUCUGGUGUUCGUGUUUCAUAAAUAAUUUUAGUUUUUUGUGAUAAAAAGGAAUGUUCAUGAUUGUUCUUCACUUUGAAUAUAUAGAAGUUUGAAUAUUUUGUGCUUUGUUUA